AUGUCGCGCACGGACAGAGUAAAUGUUUUUCUGCUAGGUGCAACAGGUUACAUCGGAGGAAGCGUACUAGGACGUCUUCUUUCCAGCAGCGACCCAUCGCCGUUCGAUCUCAGCGUUCUGGUACGAGACGCGGCCAAGGCCAAUAAGCUCGAGCAAUUCGGCGUCAAGAGUGUCCUGGGAAAGCUUGAUGAUGUGGAGAAGAUACGGACGUUGGCGAGUCGGGCAAAUAUUGUGCUCGAAUGCGCGGAUGCAGAUCAUCUCGAGUCCACGAAAGUCGUUCUCGCCGGUCUAAAGCAACAGUACCAAGAUACCGGCAAGGUUCCAACUCUUAUACAUACGUCAGGGACUGGUGUCUUGACAGACCACGCCGCGGGCAUGUAUGCCACCGACAUCAUUUACGACGAUAGCGACGCCGAACAACUCGCCAAGCUGCCGCCGGAACAGCCGCACAGGGACGUUGAUCGGGCUGUCAUCGCGGCAGACGAGGAAGGUUAUGUCAAGACAUACAUCGUGCUUCCUUCGACCAUAUAUGGCCUCGCCACGGGACCCCUAGUGGACGCGGGCAUCGUCAAUCCACAGUCACAACAGAUCCCUAGGCUCAUCGACGUCAGCAAAAGAAGAGGCCAGGCUGGUAUGGUGGGCGAAGGGAAGAACAUGUGGCCUAAUGUUCACAUCGAUGACGUCGUGCAAUUGUACGAAGUCCUCUUGAACAACGUCAUCGGGAACAAGGAUAUCGGCCAUGGUAAGGAAGGGUAUUACUUCGGGGAGAACGGAGAACACGUACUCCUCGAUGUGGCCAAGACUAUCGGCGCAGGUUUAAAGGACCUCGGUCUGGCCGAGUCUGAUGAACCGACAACGUUCACGAAGGAAGAAGUGGACAAUUUCUUUGACGGAUCCGAGAGCCUAGGCUCAAACUCGCGCUGCAGGGCAAAUAGGUCACGCGCUGUAGGAUGGAAGCCGAAGAAGAGAACGGAAGACAUGCUGGCGAGCAUUAAGCCGGAGAUUCAGUACGUGCUGUCUGAGAAGUCUUGA